UUUCAAUCUCAUCAUCGGCGAAGUAGACGUGAUUUGAUGUUGUGUGUUUUUAUUUUCGGCAAAAUAAUCAAAUAAAUACAGAAAACACAUGUGCAAAACCAACACGAGCCUCAACAUUGACGUGUGGUUCGCGUAAAGCGAAUGGAGCGAAGUUUUCCGCACGUAGAAAAAAUGCGUUAAAUGAAUAAAAUUGAAAACCAAACCCAAAAUGUCUGGAAACAAGUGAAAUUUGUCGCAAAAAAUGUGAAUCCCAAUAUCUCUAGCAUCAUGGAUCAAGAAGAUGUCCGCUAAAUAUACUAAUCAAAAGACAAACUUAAUUGUGCGAGUAACAGAGUGGGACUAAUUCGGGAAAACUUAAUUGCAACUUAAAAUACAAAAACAUUUAUCGGUAGAUUUGAUAUUUUUCCGGUCAUAUUGAACAGCAACAAGGCCUAAGGAUAGCUGACGGUAUUCGUGUUAACCAUUAUUAUUCGGUUGAUUUGUAUAUAUGUAAACAAUCGGUUUUUAUAGUCAUCGGUGUCGUUGUUGUCGUAAUUGUCGUCUCGUUGUUGUCUAUUCUAACCGUAUAUGUGUCGUCGCUCUAUGUUGUGUCAUCCUUUAUUAUCCUUUAUUUGUAUAAUUUACGCGCUUGUAACAUAACAUUAUCCUGUGCGCGUUCCUGUAUCUAUUUGUGUGUCUGUGUGUGCGUGCGUCCUCCGUGUGUAUAGAAAUAAAAAAAAAAUAUCCAAGCGCAAAACAAAACGUGUCCCACGCUUCCACACAUCGUAAAAGCAGCAUUUUCGCAUUUAGCCAAAGCAAAUAUUUACAUGCCGUCGUAUGUAUGAAUGUAUGCGUUUUUGAGUGUUUAUAUAUGUAUAUAUAAAAUGUUGUUAUGCGGUGGUCUUUAGUCCAAAAAAUAUGACAAGCAAGCAACCAAACCAAACCAGCCAGCCAGCUACUCAGUUCGUUCAACACAAGCGAAAAGUGUACAAAAAGUGUAAAAUAACCAACAAAAAUAAAAACAACUUGUAAAGUGUACUUUACUACUCAGUCGGUGUUGUAACGCAAUUUUAUCAACGUCCUACAUCCUUUUUGGCUAACAAACAAAAGGUGAAUCAACCAAAAGAAGAAUCCUCCAUCGACACGAACGCCGUACCAAGCGAAUCAACAGACUCUCAUACAAAUUCCGAGUCACCGAGCAGUGGAAGCAGCCAACGACGAAAUAUAUCCCUCCUCUCCUCAUCUGUUUGCCAGCAAGUAUCUUUGCAUUCUUCACGGCCUGGGAUUAAUACCUUCAAAUUUGUUUCAUUAGCCCUUGUGUCGCUGUGUGUGUGUUUGAGCGCAGCGUUUUGAAGAUACCUAACAAACAAACCGUCAAGGGAAUAAGAAUGGCCUUCCAUUAUAAUUUUUGAAAUCCUUUAAUAUUUUGUCCACUUUUUUGGGUAAAAAAGGAUUUUUGUAUCACUCGCUGUUUUUGGCUUCGAAUAAAGCAUAGCGCCGUAAAAACCAAACAACCAAACAAGCCCCUAGCCAGUCAGCCGGCCAGCUAUUCAACAUCAUCGUCACUCAGCAAUAUUAACUCCAGGAUAUAUGCGCCGCUUUGAGUUGUUGUGUAUUUUAUAUUAAAAAGACUCUAAAUAUGGAAAAUGCAGUAAACACCUUAACUCUCAUCUACAUGGAGAUUCUCUAACAAAUAUCCCCAGGUGAUUGGAUGUGGAAAAUAGUCGUGAAGUGUUGUGAUAACUUUCAAUAAAUCCAAAUAUUUAUUGAUAUAGUUGUCAUACGAUUAUUUUCAUUCAACGUGAAGUGUUAAGAGGAGAUCCCAGCAACAAUAGUUCUAUUAACUUAGCAAAUAUCAAUUCAUCUCGGUGACAUCAGCUCGAAAUUAUUUGGUUCGCAACUCCAAAUAAAAAAACGAAAACAAAUACAAAAACACUCAGUAUUAACGAAACAAACGAAAAUUAUUAAAAAAAAAACACAAUUCAAUGUUAAAUUUUUCACGUCUUAAAAUGGAAUCGUUAUCAAUGACAACGUCAAGCGAAGCAGCAGCAUCAUUAGCAACAUCUAAAGCAGCGGCAACCUCAAAACGCAACAACAAUGAUCAAUUGCAUGCAACGCACAUUCGUCGCGAACGUUGUCAACAGCAGCGUCUUGGCGGCCAUUCCAUGCUGACAUGUACAAAUUAUGGUGGUGCGCUGUUGCAAGUCUUCCUUAUAUUGACACUGUUCGUGAUUGGAAAUUUAAGUGCCUGGCAGGAGAAUAUAAGACCCAAACUAUAUGUGGAAUUAGGUCCUGAAGAUGUUUUACAAUUCCAAGGAAAUGAAAGUGUCGUGGAUCAUUUCAAACUGGUUACCAGAGAUGGUGAUUUUCUACUGAUAGGAGCCAGAAAUAUUGUUUACAAUAUCAGCAUACACGACCUACAGGAGCAACAACGUCUUGUAUGGAACUCGCCAGAGGAUGAUCAGAAAAUGUGUGUCGUCAAAGGCAAGGAUGAGGAGGCGUGCCAAAAUUAUAUACGCAUCAUGGUCGUGACUUCGCCAGGACGUUUAUUUGUAUGCGGUACAAAUUCAUUUCGUCCCCUGUGUCACACUUAUAUAAUCAACGACUACAAUUAUACCCUGGAGGCAACUAAAAAUGGCCAGGCUGUGUGUCCAUACGAUCCGAAACACAACUCUACAUCAGUAUUUGCUGAUAAUGAAUUGUAUUCGGGCACCGUGGCUGAUUUCAGUGGCAGUGAUCCGAUUAUCUAUCGAGAGCCACUACAAACAGAGCAAUAUGAUAGUUUAAGUCUUAACGCACCAAAUUUUGUCAGUUCUUUUACGCAAGGAGACUUUGUAUAUUUUAUGUUUCGUGAAACGGCUGUGGAAUUCAUAAAUUGCGGAAAAUCAAUAUUUUCGCGUGUAGCUCGUGUUUGCAAAUGGGACAAAGGUGGACCACAUCGUUUCCGCAAUCGUUGGACAUCAUUUUUAAAAUCACGUUUAAAUUGUUCAAUACCAGGCGAUUUUCCAUUCUAUUUCAAUGAGAUUCAAUCUGCUAGUAAUCUUGUCGAAGGACAUUAUGGUCACUCAAGCGCCAAAUUGAUUUAUGGCGUUUUUAAUACACCAACAAAUUCAAUUCCUGGCUCAGCAGUUUGUGCAUUUUCAUUGCAGGAUAUUGCGGAUACAUUUGAGGGCAAUUUCAAAGAACAAAGUGGUAUCAACUCUAAUUGGCUGCCGGUCAAUAAUGCUAGGGUACCCGAACCUCGUCCUGGCUCAUGUCACAAUGACUCAAGAACACUUCCGGAUCCCACUUUAAAUUUCAUCAAAACACACUCACUAAUGGAUGAAAGUGUGCCGGCAUUCUUUGGUCAGCCCAUUUUAGUUCGAACGAGUACAAUAUAUCGUUUCACACAAAUUGCAGUGGAUCCACAAAUCAAAACGCCGGGUGGCAAAACUUAUGAUGUGAUAUUUGUCGGAACAGAUCAUGGUAAAAUUAUAAAAUCUGUAAAUGCCGAUUCCGCAGACUCCGAGAAAAAAGUAACUUCAGUGGUAAUAGAAGAAAUCGAUGUUCUACCAAAAAGUGAACCAAUACGUAAUUUAAAAAUUGUGCGCACAAUGCAAUAUGAUCAACCCAAAGAUGGCAGCUAUGAUGACGGCAAAUUAAUCAUUGUCACUGAUAGUCAGGUUAUUGCCAUACAAUUGCAUCGUUGUCACAACGAUAAAAUCACCAGUUGCAGCGAAUGCGUGGCUCUACAAGAUCCAUACUGUGCCUGGGAUAAAAUUGCUGGCAAAUGUCGUUCCCAUGGUGCACCACGAUGGCUUGAGGAGAACUAUUAUUAUCAAAAUGUCACAACUGGUCAACAUGCUGCAUGCCCCUCAGGUAAAAUAAAUUCAAAAGACGCCAAUGUUGGCGAACAAAAAGGCUAUCGAGAUGAUAUGGGCUUAUUGGAUCAACGCCGCCAAAGCAAAGAUCAUGAAGUAAUCAAUUUGCAGGACAAAAAUUUCGAGGGUCCCCACAUUUCUCCAGAUAUCAUAAAUGCCCAGUAUACGGUGGAAACAUUGGUGAUGGCUGUUUUAGCGGGUUCCAUAUUCUCGCUGUUAGUUGGCUUCUUUACAGGCUAUUUCUGCGGUCGUCGCUGUCACAAGGAUGAAGAUGACAAUCUACCGUAUCCUGACACAGAAUAUGAAUACUUUGAGCAAAGACAAAAUGUUAACAGUAGAAUACAAGCCGAACCGAAGCUGUUACCCCAAGUUGAAGAGGUAACCUACGCUGAACCGGUUUUGUUGCCACAACCACCACCAAAAAUGCAUUCGCCCAAGAGUACUUUACGCAAACCCAUGCCACCCCAUCAUGGACCCAACUCAGAAACGUUCUUCCAAUUCCAGCCAGAUGGUUAUAAUACCCAACAAUCAUAUCGUUGUCGUGAUAAUUUUGGUACUUUAAGAUCUCAUCAAGUAAUGGGUGAUAACUAUCGCCGUGGUGAUGGCUUUUCCACCACUCGCAGUGUCAAGAAGGCUGUUAACACAAACACACGUAAUAGAAGUCUUGGUCGUAUGAGAAGGCAGCCGCCCCGUCAUGGUAUUGUAACUCAACAACACCGUUCCAAUAGUCCACAACACUCCAGUUCGGCUUCAUCGCCUGUUAUGUCAAAUAGUAGUUCUAGUCCAGCACCACCAUCCAGCAGUCCAUCACCACAAGAGAGCCCCAAGAAUUGUAGUUAUAUAUAUCGUGAUUGAUUGAUCACUAAUACCAAAUCAAUGCCACUAAUCAAAACAACAUCCAACAAUACAACCACAACAACAGCAGCAGAUGCAGAUGCAAAUGCAGCAACAGACUCAGUGGCACCCGAAGCAGGAACAAGUGAGGCCACUAAUGCUGAAACUGCAAACGCAACAGCAAAAACCAUAGAUGAGCAGAGAUCUUCUGCAACAAUGCCACUUUGUAAAACAACAACUACAACAAAAAACAACACUGCCAAAAAGACAAACGAAACAGCUAAAACUACAGCAACAACAAAAACAACUACUAAUCACAAUAAGCUAGAAAUGAAACGUAACAGACACCAUAGACACCACAAUCACCAUAACCAACAUCAUCACAACAACAACACAAACAGUAAUCGAAGACAUAAAAGCUCGUUGGCUAAAUCCGUUCCUGCCACACCUGUACAAGUAAAUCCCACAACGAAUCAUUUUGUGCCCUCCUCUACCGAUUACAAUGACGACGAUGACGAACCGGAACCCGUCUACACUGAUGGUUAUCUCUAUACACCACCCUAUUCAUAUCCAAUUUUUUCUUUAAACUAUCAACAACACAGCAAUCAGCAGAACAGUUCCCAAUAUCACGGUAUGGAACAGCAGCAACAACAAUAUUCCAAUGAAUAUCAACCUCAUCAACACCACCACCAACAGCAAUCGCAGCGCCAACUGGAGGAUGAGGAAGAAAUAUUUCGUGAGGCCUGUUCCGAUCAACACCCACUAGAACUAGCUCCAGACCAUGAAGAUGACUCAUCCUCAUUGGCCAUGAUAACACCACCCCCACCCUAUGAUACGCCCUACAGAAAACAGCAACAGCAACAACAACGCUCAUCAUCUUUGCAACAUCAUUCGAGUAAAUCGAAGCAUUCUUCAUCGCAUCAUUCUGGCCCACAUUAUAGCAAUUAUAACUCCUCAUCGUAUGCCUCAGCUAAAUCACGUUCCGAUAUGCCGCCACAAGCUCGUAAAUAUCUUUUCAACAAUCGCGAAACGUUUACCAUUAGUUCCUCGAAUGGCAAUUCCAGUUCAAAUUCCAUACAUCAACAGCCUCUGCAAUCGACCUCGUUGGCGGGCACCCUAACCAGUGCCAUAACUCCCACUAAAUUGAGUGCAGCUGCCGCAGCCAUGUUUGCAGCGCCACAAAUGGUACAUCUAAAUCGUAAAUGGUCGAAUCUGCAUCGUAAACGACGGCGACGCAAUAGCAGCUCCGGGGAUUCCAAAGAACUGGAUAAAUUGGUACUGCAGUCAGUAGAUUGGGAUGAAAAUGAUAUUUAUUGACAGCUUCAGAAAAGUAUUACCACAUUUCAUUUAUUAUAAAAUAUAGAACAGACACACACAAACACAUCAAGAGAAAAAACACAACAACAACAACAACAGUAACCAAAUUUCCUUAUACACACAUACCCAAAAUAAAGAACACAGCAGGCUGAAUAUGGCGAUGAUGAAAAAAAAAUUAUAAUUAGGCUUAAACAAAUCAAGUAUUUCAAAUCCCAGAAAUUAUAAGUAUUCAUAUUUCACAAAAUUAUUGAUCAUAUAUUGAAGAACUUUUGUGUUUAGUUUGAAAAGCACUGGCACUUAUAGAAAAAACCAAUUGCAAAAUCAACAUGUCGUAGUUCGAAUAAUAAAAUUUCCCUUUAAUUUCUUUCAUAAAGUUUUUAAUUUUAGAAGAAAGGAAAAAGCGCCCAUUGAAAAUAUUUAUGUUUAGUUGCCAUUGUAUUUCAAUAAAACUCUUUCAAUAUUUAAAUAAAUGCAUAGUAAUCACAACUGAUUGAACUGUCGGUAUUCCAAUAAAUCUAAAUAACCAUUCAUUUACAUACUGAUAUGUAAAGACAUUUUCAUAAAGACUAUUUCCAAUAUUACAAUAUGUUAUUGUAAAUUUGAAGAAAGCAUUCCAAUGGUUUUAUCAAAAGACAAAGGAAAUCCCCUUAUUAAAUCGUUCUUGACAAACCUGUUAUUAAAGUUUUUUUGCAAAAUCGUUUUCCGAUUUUUAAAGAAAUUGAGUAUUCUUUUUCUACGAAAGUUUUGUAACGUUCUAACAUUUAGCCAUUAAAAUAAUGAAAUCAACGAAAAAAUUAAGCAAAAUUUAAUGUUAAACUCAAAAUUCAAAAAAGCUAAAUUUUAAAUGUAAUAAAUAUAAUUGCUCACUAAAAUUACCUUCCUAAAUGUCAUUAUGUGCCAUAUUUACAAAAUGCCAAGUGCUUUUCAAAAUUCCUUUUGUUCUUCAUUUUUUUUAAAGAAAUAAUCCUACUCAUACAUAAUUUUUAUACAUGAUCAAUUUUAAUAAAAUUCUUACUGCAAUUAUUUUCACUCCAUAUACUUUCAAUACAAUUCACACCCACUUUUUUCAAUGAAGAAAAUUAGACCAACAAAUAUUUAAAAUUCAAUUACACAAACCUUCGCAGACGAGAAUCGACUUGAAUUAAAGACACUUCGUUGAGGACUUCAAUUAUAUACACUAAUCUAAAGGCCAGUUUCCACAUCGUGUUAAGGUAAGGCCACAUUGGACAAAUACUUGACGAAAAAUGUCAUAUAUUUCUCUGACCACCACAUCUUAUUUGACGGCAAAUAGGGAAAACAAAAUUAUUUGCCAAAAAAUAAAAAUUUGACUAGUGUGCUAAUGAUGUGAACGCUCUUGAUCAAUGUUUUUCCUUUACAUUUAUUUGACCGAUCAAAUGUUUUGUAAAGUUAAAUAAGGGAAAAUAUCGGUUGAAAACAUUGUCGCAGUUUUAAUAUAAUUGAAAAGUGUUCUCUUCACACUAAAUGCUAUCACCGUUUAUCUUCGAAGAAAACUCGCAUCACCAGAUGUCGUCUAUAUCGUUUCAUGGGUAUGCGUGAACAUAUUAUUUCGGAUUUAUCUCAAAGCCAAAAAUUUAUGAGCUACUAGUAUAAAAUUGAAUUUACAGGUCGAUAAACGUAAAUUAAAUAAGAAAACAACAACUGCUGUUGAUGCAACCUGACCGUUUAGACCGUUCCAUCAAUUUCCAACUAUUAUUCAAUAAUUCCAUAAAAACUUCAUUAUACUCUAAGUCACAGUUAGACAGAGAUUGUCCUCUUCGUAAACUAUCAUAUGUGUGUUUUGUGUUUUCGUUACUCAGAGUGAUUAGAAUUUUCUACACAUUUCUUUUAAAAAAUUAUAACAAUGUAUCCUCUAAGUAAAUAUCCUUAAUAAAGGACGUUGUCAGUUCUCUUUUUUGGUACCGUUUAUAUAUCAAACUAGAAGUAAAAGCGAUUUGGUCGGCAAGGGCUAGACGAGAUUAAAAUCAAGUGCAGGUAUAUACGUUUAUCUUUAGAUUUUGUAUUUAUAGUUGCCAACCUAAGAAAAAUACUUGUGAAUAAUUAUAUUCAGUUUCCGAAAUUGCAUUAGACGUUUGUCAUAGUUUCAAAUUGUUGUGCAGUCUUUCCAAUUACUUUUCCAAUUACUUUCUCGAAAUGAUUAAAUUUGUUCCAAACUUCCAUCGUUCAUUGGUUUUAAUGUUACGAAUUCUUUCCGCCUAAAAGUAUACUUGUCACACAAUACCUUUCCUUUGAUGAAAUAUUCAAAAAAUCUGUGCAUCUACAUUUAAAUAGUCAAUCCCAUUUUUUGUUAAAGAUUGUGUGCUUUUCUCCUGUUUUAAAAACUACUUAAUAGAAGAAAAAAAUUCUGACAUUGUCGAAGAGGAUUUCAACAUUUUUAUUGAAAAAAAAAACAAACUUCAGAUAAAUAAUUUGAUUUAUUUUUCAUCGUCGUCGGAACACAUUUUAAUGCAUAGACACCACACACCUCUCACCCUUUAUAACAUUAAUCUUAGGACAGUUAGGUAUAAUCACAGCGUUGGGGAUUUACAAUUGUAUAUACAUACAUACUUACAUCAUAUAGAUUAUUUAGUUAUGUUAAAACAAUAAUACGCCUAUAUUAUUACAAAGACAACAAAACUGCAAAGUCAGGCAGCAAACAAAUGUUAAUCAGUGAUUAUUUAUACAUUGCAAAUUAAUAAUCCCAGCAAAAUAAUAAAAUAAAAUGACACAAAUAUUUAUAAAAUGCAGAACAUUUUGAAAUAAUUUUUUAAUAUAAAACAAAACUCUUUAUACACAUUGAUUUUUAAACAAAUAAAAACGAAUGAUUUAUUACAGAUAUUUUUAAAGAAAAUGCAUUUGGUUAUCAUUUAUUUAUAACAUGUUUACUUUUUUGCUAAAUAUUUUUAUUGAUUUGAACAAAUAUUAACAGUUUAGAAGAUAUAAACAAUUUAGAUAAACUUUUGCCAGAAAUGAAAACAAAAAAAUAUUUCUUAAAGACAGCAUAAAAACAACAAAAGGAAAUUAUCCAUACAAAGAAAAUGUAUUCUACAAAAGCAAAUACAAAACAAGAAAAACAACAAAACUCCAGUAGAACUAAGAUUCUUGAGAAAUUCCCUUAGUAUAACUGAACAGAAUGGAAGCUUAACAAUUCAAAAUAAACAAAAAACAUUUUGUAAAAAUAUUAAACAAUUUGCUAAGCAAAAUUGAUUAAACCAGAAAAUGUUAUUAAAACAAGCUAAGAAAUAAUACCAUUAAAUUAUGAUUUAAACAAAAAAGCAAAUACCAAAUAAUUUAUUAAUACAAAACUUGUUAAUGCUAAAUUAUAUUAAAAAUAAAAUAAAGAAACACAAAACAACUUUUGUAAUUAAACUUGUACAUUUUACAUUUAUAUAUAUAGCAUACAAAAUAUAAGAGAAACAACUACAAAUUUAAAAGAAAAUAUACAUACAUAUAUAACAAAAUCACAACUCAUUAUAGAAAACUCAUAAAUUCUAAGGUAGAAAAAAAUAUAUAUUUAACAAACCAAACAAAGAAAAAAAUACAAAAUUUACAUAGUAGCAGUAGUUUUAGCCGCGUUUUUUACAAAAAUUAAAUUAUUAAUAAACCACACAAGAAAAAUAAAAAAAAAACAAAACAAAAAUUUACAUUUAUAAAUUAUUAAACAGAAGAAAAAAAAUCGAAGAAAAUGAUAACUAAAAAAAUACUAAAUCCAGACUUAAUAAAACAAAACAAUCUAUGACAAGUGGAAAUAAAACAUUCAUUCACUCAAUCACAUCCCUCAACAUUACAAUACCCCAAUUUCAAUAUAUACGAGAAAACAACAAAACCAGAACACUUCUUUUUGAAAUUAGUAAUGUUAUUUAACCAAAUAGAAUUUUAUAUAUACUUAUAUUACAUACCUAUACAUUUAUAUAUACAUAUAUGAAAGAAAUAUUAUAAAGCUGAAAAUCCAUUACAGUUAUUUAUGAAUCAACUAUUGACUUAGAUAACACGUUACUUUUAUAGAAAACUUUAGACUUAGAAGAGUAUUGAGAAAUUGGCUAAGCAACUUAUCUAAUAACGAGCGGAACGUGCAGGGGGUGUAUUGGUACUGAAGUAAAAUUCAAAAACAAAACUGUUUAAAAUAUAUUUCAUAUUCGUCUUCUACUUGGUAAACGAAGGUUUCCUCAUAUCAAAACCAAUAAAAAGCCAUCCGAAAUGGUUUCCAUAUAACGCAAGCCUAAAAUAUUUGCCUCAAACCUGGGACAUAUUUCCACAACGAGUUCAAGUUACUUUUUAGUAGUUCCAACAAUAAUUCCUAUAAAUUUAAGAAGGGUCAUAUAAUGCUUUUAACUUUUUAGUACAGAUUUUAUAAAAACUAUAUCUAAAAUGUCUUGCAAAGUCCUUGCAAAAAUGCUCCCUAAUAAAGAACGUCGUUAAAUAAAGAACUAGAUAUUCGCCUAUUAUAUUUGCCUCAAACCUAGAACAUAUAUCCAAAAUGAGUUCAAGUUACUUUUUAGUAGCUCCAACAAAAAUUCCUAGAACUUUAAGAUCGUGCAAUGCUAUUAAAUUUUUAGUUCAGAUUUAUAAAGACUGUAUCUAAAAUGUUUUGCAAAGCCGCUCUUUGAUAAAGAACGUUAUUAAAUCAUGAGCUAGGUAAUCGCCCUAUACAUCGUGAAUUAUGGUUGCUGAGCCAAUCGAUAGCUUCCGUUUUGUGCAGUGAAUGAGAACGUAAUAAAAAGGGAUGAUGUCAUGUGAGUUUAUCUGGCACAUGCGGAGACCACCUGUUUUUAUGAUAUCGAGGUAAUUCUUGUUUGAAGCCUAAUUAAGAGGAAGUUUCGCUCAUAUGUGGAUUUGCACAGAAAGAAUUUUGAAUAUACCCCAAUUGUUAUUGUUCGGUCUCGACAAAACGAAGUAGUUUUGGCACAAAUAUCAUUCGGGUAGUGCAGAAUAACAACAGAUAAGUGUUGGAAAAAUAAAUAAGUUCUCGGUCAAUCAAGGAGUUUCUAUAAUUGAGCAAUAAGCCUUUGAUAAGGAAUAUUUCGAUUUCGUUCAUAUACAUCAAUACCUAGCACUACCCACGAAGCCAGAUAUCCAAAGAACAAAAUAUAAACAUUUUCCACUAAAACUAACGACAACUAACAGUUCCUUUUUGGGGAACGGGUGCGUUUGUCCGGAUCAAGGCAAAUCUGUGUUUCUUUCUAAGCCGAGAUUCCUGUUUCGGCCAUUUUACGAAACUGAGUUUCACAUUAAUCAUGGUAAAUGUCGUUUCUAGCACAUUCGUUCCAGCGAUAUAUUGAUUCAAUAUAAACAGAACUUCAUGUAAGUCCCUGAUAAAGAGUUUGCUUAUUACAUUUGUACAGCAUUUCUAGGAAUCGUUCCAAAAAAAACAUUCCCUUAUAUGAAUCUGAGCUUUUAUCUCUAAAAAAAAUUUAUAAAUAUUUUUUUUUUUUUGCACAACAAUACCAAUUGUCCGCUAUAUAUAAAUAUUUUACAUGCUGUUAUACAAAACCACCCCUUGACAGACAUUCGAUCUCUGUAACAGUGACAACACAAGCCCUCGAUAGAAGUUGUGGCAUAAAUUUCCAAUCUCUUCUUUAAUAUUGCCUCUAAAAAUUAACUAAUAGCAAUUAAAUAUAUAUAAAUAUAUUAAAAAUUAUAACAUUUAAGUUUGUUGAUUUUUUAUUCUAACUUAUUUAAGUGCUUAUUACCUUGACUCCUUAUGAAUAACUAUUUUGUUAUUAACUUAUUGAAAUUGUAUUUAUUUUUCGUUUGUUAUUCUUUUAACAAAUUUGUCAUUAAAUGCAUUAUCAUCUUUAUUAUGAAAAAAAGGAAACAAUACAAAUUUAAAACAACAACAACAAAAAUACUCAUCCAUACGUUUAAGUAGUGUUAAAUAUUUUUAAAAUUAUAAGCUAUACCGAGGUUUUUGACAAAAAAAAAAAAACAAAAA